CUGUGCCACUACUGUCACGUUGCAAUAUUAUCUAAUGCCUGAAGUGGCAGCCAAAUUUCAGGAAUCAUAAAUAUGCCAUUCUGGACCCUGUGAGCAUCUUUAGUUUUAUCCUCCAAAAGCCUUUUCCAUUUUGGGCUUCAAUGGCUAAGGUUUAUCCUGAAGCAGCACCCAUUGAAGCAUCCUGUAUGUGUUCAGAAAGAAAAACAUUCACAAUAUGGAUGAAAUCACUGGUGUACCAAGCAAAUGGUUGCACAGUCUUUGAUUCAAAAGGGGAGAUUGUUUAUCGUGUUGAUAACUAUGACAGCAAAUGCAGCAGUGAAGUUUUUCUCAUGGACGGGCAAGGGAAAGUCCUCUGUACUAUAAAAAGAAAGAGAUUGAGAAUUUUUGGACGUUGGGAUGGAUACAGACCAAACACAGGGAAGCCAUGGUUUCAAGUCAGAAAGUAUAGCAAAGUUUUGAUGGGAGAUUUAGCUUGUGAAGUUAGAGUGGGACAUUGUAAGUACUGGAUAGUUAGCUUAGCUCACAAGGCAGCAUUCAGGAUUGUAGACAUAGAUGGAGCUGUCGUUGCAGAGGCAAAGCAGAAGCAAGUUUGUUCAGGAAUCCUGUUGGGAGAUGAUGUACUAAGUUUGGAGGUGAAGCCCCAUUUUGAUCACUCCCUCAUAAUAGCUCUGAUCACAGUAAAUGGAUUGAUCAAUCGGAAAUUGUAGAAAUUCUUCACCAAUCUUUAGAGAUACACCUUUUUUUUUUUUCUUCUGAAAGAUCUUUUACAAAAUAUGAAAAAGAAAAUUUGUAUACAAUUGCAAAUGAAAAAUUUUUGAAGAAUCUGAAUCUUGC